AAAACAAAAUUCAGCCUUUCGUGCCUAUGGAUCCACUUACUCUGCUGACCAUUAUAUGUUGGCUAGUUCUGGCACUUUUAUUCAGUCCGAUAUUGUUCUUCGUGUGCAUUUAUUUACCUGAGUUACCUGUUAGAUACAUAAAACGCAUUCGAACAUCUUAAAGUAGACGAGUAUUUUUUAUUCAUAUAUACAUACAUAUGUAUGUCAUUAUAUACAAAAACUUAAUCGUAAGCUUUCA